AUGGAGAAAUGCAUUUGUUUCAGAGAGUGGAGGGAAAAAAUCCUUUUUGUUUGUUUGUCUUGUUUUUGUAGAGCUUACAUAGACCUUUCCAAAAUGAUUUCCUCAAGUGAAUAUGGGUCUCACUCCUGGGAGCUCUUGGUGACAGUUGAUCAUCAACAUGAAGAGGUACAAAAGGAAUUUUUACUGCGGGUCACAGGGGACCUUCAUAUUGGAGGAGUGAUGCUGAAAUUAGUAGAACAAAUCAAAAUAUCACAAGAUUGGUCAGACUAUGCUCUUUGGUGGGAGCAAAAAAAAUGUUGGCUUCUGAAAACCCACUGGACACUCGAUAAAUGCGGGGUGCAGGCAGAUGCUAAGCUGUUCUUUACUACUCAGCACAAAAUGCUGCGGCUUCGCUUGCCAAACAUGAAGACUGUGAGACUGAAAGUUAGCUUCUCUUCUAUGGUAUUCAAAGCUGUCAGUGACAUCUGUAAAAUUCUCAAUAUUAGACGGUCAGAAGAACUCUCUUUGUUGAAGCAAUCAGAAGACAUACUCAAAAAGAAAAAGAAAAAAGACAAGAACAGCAAAGAACCAGUUACAGAAGAUAUUUUAAACCUGUGUAAUUCUCCAGUGAGUUCUGGAUUAUCAGGAAGUCCAGGUUUCUACAGUAAAACCAUGACACCUGUUUAUGAUCCCAUCAGUGGGACACCAUCUUCUUCUACAAUUACUUGGUUCAGCGACAGUCCCUUGACUGAGCAGAACUGCAGCAUCCUUGCCUUCAGUCAUCCCAACUGUUCUCCAGAAACACUAGCGGAGAUGUACCAGCCUCGGACUUUAGCUGACAAAGCCAAACUCAAUGCAGGCUGGCUAGAUUCAUCUCGAUCACUUAUGGAACAAGGCAUUCUGGAGGACGAUCAACUUCUUUUACGCUUUAAAUAUUACACUUUCUUUGAUUUGAAUCCAAAAUAUGAUGCAGUGCGAAUAAACCAAAUAUAUGAACAAGCCCGUUGGGCCAUCCUGAUAGAAGAAAUUGACUGCACAGAGGAAGAAAUGUUGAUCUUCGCUGCACUACAGUAUCAUGUAAGCAAGUUAUCAUUAUCAUCAGAGGCACAAGAUUUCACCUGUGAAUCAGAAGUAGAUGAAGUAGAAGCUGCUCUUUCUAAUCUGGAAGUGACACUGGAAGGUGGAAACGCAAGUAACAUUUUGGAGGACAUCACAGACAUCCCGAAACUUGCCGAUAAUCUCAGGCUAGUUAGGCCAAGGAAGCUGUCACUCAAAGCUAUCAAGCCAUAUUGGUUUGUCUUUAAAGACACUUCAGUAUCUUAUUUUAAAAACAAGGAAUCCGCACAAGGAGAACCUAUUGAGAAACUAAACCUAAAAGGAUGUGAAGUUGUACCAGAUGUAAAUGUUGCAGCAAAGAAGUUUGGAAUCAAAUUACUAAUUCCUGUUGCUGAUGGCAUGAAUGAAGUAUAUUUAAGGUGUGAUAAUGAGAAUCAAUAUGCUCGGUGGAUGGCUGCUUGCGUUUUAGCCUCAAAAGGCAAAACAAUGGCCGAUAGCUCUUAUCAUCCUGAGGUCCACAAGAUCCUUUCAUUUCUAAAGAUGAAGAACUGGACCAUGUCUCCCCAGGCUGUCUCUGAUCCAGAAAGCAUAGAUAUGAAACCAGAAUGCUUCGUCUCACUACGUUAUACCAAAAAAUACAAGUCUAAGCAGUUGGCUGCUCGUAUUCUGGAAGCCCACCAAAACGUAUCCCAGAUGACGCUAGUGGAGGCCAAGCUGCGUUUUAUUCAAGCAUGGCAGUCCCUCCCCGAGUUUGGCUUAUCCUACUACAUUGUAAGGUUUAAAGGAAGCAAAAAGGAUGAUGUGCUUGGGGUGUCCUAUAACAGGCUGAUACGAAUAGAUAUAGCCACAGGAGAUCCUAUCACAACAUGGAGGUUCUCCAACAUGAAGCAGUGGAAUGUGAACUGGGAAAUACGCCAGGUUGCAAUCGAGUUUGAUCAGAAUGUAUCUAUCGCUUUCACGUGUCUGAGCGCAGACUGCAAAAUCAUCCAUGAGUAUAUUGGGGGCUACAUCUUCUUGUCCACCCGCUCCAAGGACCAGAAUGAAACACUGGACGAAGAUCUGUUCCAUAAAUUAACUGGAGGUCAAGAAUGAGGUGAAGUACUCUCUUCCCUCUGCCUGCUUCUCCCUACAGCUAAGAAGACCAGAGAUUAAA